CGAUUAAAUCAUCCCGGAUCCGGCCAUCACUAAGGCUAUCCAAAUCACGUCAACAAAAUGUUUUCUUUCCUGAGAGGCCUCCUCGAAAAACCUAAUCAGUAUUAUCAAAGUGAUUCAUAAAAAAAAGUGGGAGUUAUGUAUGCCCAACCAAAGGAAAUGGACCAACUACCGAGGUUUCACUUUUACCGGCGUGAAUUGUGUUUAUAUUUUGGUGUAUACUUUGCCUACCUCAUUUAUGGCUUAUGGACAUUGUUCGAAUUACGUGAAGUAUUACAAGAGCAUUCAGGAUAUACACGCGACCCUUAUAAUUACGAAUUGGACAUUUUUAAUGAUUACUUGCGUUUUAACUGGCAUUGGUACAUAUUGCAUGCUGUAAUUACCACCACCUCACGAGCAUUUUUAAGUGAAAACAAGAUGGGUAUCGUCUUCGCCUGUGUAUCAAUUCCUUCACUGUUGAGUAUACUUCCAUUGAAUAUGAUGGUAUUUGUUAUGGCAAUGCUAAUAACUUUCUAUUCGGUGUCAUAUAGUGGCAAUAGGAAGAUGGUAUGGUUCGCAACGGCAUUAUGGGUUGCAAUUUUAAAUAUUCUAGCAUUUUAUAUAGCUAAAUUUCGCGAUGAAGAGAGCAUUUUUUAUACACUCAGCGUUAUACUGUUUUGGACAUUAUUGCGCUGUUGCAGUUUUGCACAUUUUUGCAUCGAUUCACAAUUCAAAACGGAAGAACUUUUAGAUGUAACCACAUUUACACGUUUUCUGGGAUAUACCUUAUAUUUUCCAACACUUGCAAACGGUCCAUUCGUAGAUUAUAAACGUUUCAUUGGAAUGUCAAGCGAAAUGAAGCCUCAAGGAUUGUCUGGCCAACUCAAGGCUUUUGUGUGGGAAUUAGUGCGGAUUUUCUUCUGGUGGCUAAUUUUGGAUCUCGGAAUGCGUUAUUUAUUUGUGCAUUACAUUGCUAUGGUACCCGAAACAGCAAAACUCGUGAAGUCACCCUUUGGACGACACGCAAUCGGUUAUUUCUUGGGUCAAUUCUUUUUCAUGACGUAUCUUGUAAAGUAUGGAAUAGGAAUUGCUUUCGCGCGAUACGAUGGAAUGCAACCGCCUAGCAAGCCACAGUGCAUCGGGCAUGUACAUUAUUAUUCGAACAUGUGGAAGCGUUUUGAUCAAGGUCUAUAUGAAUUUCUCUUCGAUUAUAUUUAUCAUCCACUAGUAAUGGCAGAUUACUCUAAAUUCGUGUCAACUGUGCUUACUUUUGCCUUUGUAUUUAUGUGGCAUGGCUGUCAGACUGAUAUACUAAUUUGGACAGUAAUGAAUUUUUGGUGUUUAAUUGCGGAAAAAAUAUUGAAGUAUGCAAUGCGUUCUCAGUUCUAUAAAAGAACGAUUGAAGAGAAAUUGGGCCAUCAAAUAUCACAACGUUUUCAUGCACUAGUAUUUAGCCAACUUUUCAUCGUAGCAGCUUUUUCCAACGUUUUCUUUAUUGGCAGUCCCAAAAUGGGUGUUUAUUUAAUGAUGAACGCUUACGGUACUGGCUUUGGCAAUUAUCUGGCAUUGUCAUUUUGUUGUUACUGUUUCUUUCAAUGCUCUGAAUUGAUAUCAAUGGAACUUUGGAAAAUAAAUGAAAAAAGGAAAACCAAAAUAAGUUAACUAUAUUAUAUAGACCAACGUAAGACUUUACAACUA